AUGGAUGUGAAAUUGGAAGCACAGAAGUGUGAUCACCCGGUUCGUCCGGAGUGCAUUAGGGAACCCUCGGAAAAGAGUUCCAGUCGCGUCAGUCAUUCCUCUUCGGAAACCCAUUCCUCAACUCAGCAACAACAGCAACAACAAAAGCAUUCUGCGGGUAAAAACUCGCGGAAACGUCCACAUCAGCAAAUAACAGAAGACAGAGCAAAUCAACGUAAUGCUCCAUCAGCAUCCCCCCAACAACAGCAAAAGCAGCACAGACAACACCACCACAACCAACAACAACAACAACAACAGAAACACCAGAUGUCACCGCAGCAGAAAGUGGAGAGCAGAGCAGCAGCGACAUCUACGCUUGACGCGGAUGUUGAGGCCUUGCACGGACGCCGGUCGUAUUCCUUGCAGGCGCAGGCCAGGACACCAGCGCUGUUUUCGCAGGGUCUGAUCCAACCUGGGCCAGGUAGAGACGAGAUUGACUUUCCAGACGACUUUUAUGACGAAUUUGUGCCAAAGCAAGAGACGGAUGUGCCGGAUCCUGGAAACGCCAACAACAAUAAACGCCAACAGGUUCCCCAAAACCGACCCAAUUCCCUGGAGGCAUCGUCUUACCCGAUCGGGUUCCAACCCAACCAGACCCCAUUCCGUCCAAUCCCACGCCCGGCAGGGUUGCCAAUAAUGACCAGCAGCGAAGAAGACCGCUCACCUCCCACCAGCACGUCUCAUCCAUCACAACAAAAGCAGCAAGCCAAAUUCACCUUAUCUGAUGCUCGUGCUGCAAUGUUGUUGCUAAACAACAACAACCAAAACAACAACAGUCCAGCAUCAGCCUUUGGCAAGGACUCUGGCAGCAGCAGCCUGGAAACUGAGACCAUGUUCUACCCAGUUUUGAAACCCGGGUACAAUGGGCCAUCCGCAGUGGUCAGGCAUCACAAGAAAACCCAAGGAAAAUCGCCAGGCAUCAAGAACCAGCAAAGGCCAAAUAAUGAUGAAGGCAGUUGGCAGCAAGAAGUCAGCAGUGAAGCCCCUGUCAGCAGUCAGGGUUCUCAGUCAAUUUUCGGUAAGGGUGCUGGUUCCGGGUCCUUGGAGGAUGAGGAAGACUCUUCUGAACCCGGGAGACCCUUGACGAGAAAACAUAAUAAUGGCAACAAUAACAAGCGCAUGUUUGGUGGGGCUCGUCAUCCUGAAUACCAACAGCAAGGUAAGUGCUUGAUAUGA